AUGCCCCUGGAGACGCAGAAUGUGUUGUACGUGGUGCUGGAGCUGGCCAUCGCCGCGCUGUCGGUGGCGGGCAACGUGCUGGUGUGCGCUGCCGUGGGCACGUCGAGUGCGCUGCAGACUCCCACCAACUACUUCCUGGUGUCCUUGGCAGCGGCCGACGUGGCCGUGGGGCUAUUUGCUAUCCCCUUUGCCAUCACCAUCAGCCUGGGCUUCUGCACCUACUUUCACAGCUGCCUCUUCCUCGCCUGCUUCGUGCUGGUGCUCACGCAGAGCUCCAUCUUCAGCCUCCUGGCCGUGGCCAUCGACAGGUACUUGGCUGUCCGCGUCCCGCUCAGGUAUAAGAGUUUGGUCACUGGGACCCGGGCAAGAGGGGUCAUUGUUGUCCUCUGGGCCCUUGCCUUUGGCAUCGGACUCACUCCAUUCCUGGGAUGGAAUAGCAGAAGCACUGCCCUCAACUGCACAGACCCCUUGGAUGGAGCCAUGAAUGAAAGCUGCUGCCUGGUCAGGUGUCUCUUUGAGAACGUGGUCUCCAUGAGCUACAUGGUCUAUUUCAAUUUUUUUGGAUGUGUUCUGCCCCCACUCCUCAUCAUGCUGGUCAUCUACAUCAAAAUCUUCAUGGUGGCCUGUGAGCAGCUACAGCGAACUGAACUGAGGGGCCACUCAAGGACCAUGCUUCAACGAGAGAUCCACGCAGCCAAAUCCUUGGCGAUGAUUGUGGGGAUUUUUGCUUUCUGCUGGCUGCCAGUACAUGCUAUCAACUGUGUCACUCUUUUCCACCCAGCCCAACAUAAGGUGAAGUCCAAGUGGGCAGUCAACACUGCCAUUCUCCUGUCACAUGCUAACUCUGUUGUCAAUCCCAUUGUCUAUGCCUACCGGAAUAGAGACUUCCGAUACACAUUUCACAAGAUCAUCUCCAAAUAUAUUCUCUUCCAGACAGAUAUCCUCAAGAGUGGGAAUGGGUAGACAGGGGUCACGACCAGCUCUUGA